UAAACGUCAUCGUUCGCCAUUUUUGUGAUUUUCACUUCGGUAGUGAGGUGCGAUCAUUUGUUUGCCUUGUCGAAAUGCCUUAUGUAAACGAACGUGGUAUGGUAUCAGGUUCUCAGUCUUCAUGGGGACUAUCAAAGUUAACGUAUUGGUUUUGGGAGAUAUGUAACAUUGGAUAUCUUUUCUUGAGAACAUUAAUAGAGCCAGCAAUUCAGCAAGGAUCUAGCAGUUGGAGAAGUUCUGGUGGUGGUCGAAGUGGAGGAGGAGGAUUUGGUGGUGGUGGCGGCGGCGGUGGAAGAGGCGGCGGAGGUUUUGAUAG